CCCAGCCGCAUCCUCGCAUUGACCGCGAGAUCAUCGUUGCUCGCCCUGGUUCUGCUCGUCCUCGCCGUCGCAACGCCCGCCGCUGCCGUUCUGCUCGAGUUCGACAACUGCCUCCCCGACUCGUACGUUUUGAACAAGCCGCCUCUGCUGCAGUGGGUGCCGCUCUACCUCGAUGCCGUCUUCGACACAAAGUCGCCAAACAACAACCUUCGGGUCAUUGCCUGGGGAAACGUGACGGGCUCGCAGAAUGUUGGCGCGCUUCCUCCCCCGGGCGAUCCGUAUUGGAAGGACGCCAAUGAGACGAAUGGCAAAAUCGACGAGACGCCCUACGAGGAUACACUUGCGACGACGCUGGUCAAGAGAGUCAAUGUCUUGACGUACGAGCCUUAUAAUGACCGCUCCAACUUUUGCGCAGAUAGUCUUGUCAACGGAACAUGUCCUUUGGCGCCUGUGUUUGACUAUACUAAUAGCUCUCUUCCAUACGUGCUUCCCUCGGUCAAUCUGAGCCAUGACUUCCUCUCUUCUUACGCUUUCAGCUCCUUCUCUCUCACCUUUCUCCUCAUCAAUGGCGACAAGGCAGCCACCAAUAUCGGCUGUGUUUCCGCCACCAUUACCCCUGACUUGGGCAGCAUCUCCUGGGUGCUCAAAUUCAUGCCACUUAUAGUGUUGAUAUUUGCUGGCCUCGCAGUCCCAUUCGCUGGAAUAUGGAGCCCUUGGGGCACCACCAACAUCUUCCACUGGACAUCCAACUAUGGACGGGACGCUGAUUUACUAAGGCUCGUGACCCCUGGAUUCGGCGACUGUCUGCAGUAUAUUCAAUUCAUCAUUCUUACUGGCUCGCUCACUCUUUCUUACCCUGGCUUCUUCCAGCCUGUCGUGAGCCAAGUUGGAUGGUCUACCCUCAUGUUCAAUGAGAGCUUUUUUGGCAAUACCAAGCAAUGGCAGAAUGUGGUGGAUGGAGUAUACGUGACUAAACCAGGCACAACAUACGGGCUACAGAAGACGGCACAGCUCAUCGGCAUGUCUGAGGCGGAGGAUAUAUGGCCUGGCAUGAUGGUAUGGCUCCUCGUCAUCAUCGCUGCCGUUAUUGUGCUCAUCCAGGUUGGCUUUGCUAUCCAAUGGGUCUUCCGAAAAGUGAAGAAGACCACAGAAGAAGAUCUGCAGGCAAAAAACCUCCCCUUUGUCAUUGGCAACGUGGUGCGCAUUGUCUUCAAUUACAUGCUGACUCCUAUUGUGGCAUUGUCAUGCUUCCAGUUUGUCGUCUCCGGCCAGUCGCCGGGCUACACCGUUGGCUUGGCUGCGCUGACCCUGGCACUGGUGAUUGGCUUUGCAUCCUAUCUUCUCUAUCUGGUCAUCAUUACGCGCCCGAAGUCGGUCCUGUUUGAUGAUUUACCCACCGUCCUGCGAUAUGGACCCUUGUACAAUACAUAUGCAGACGAGGUUGCUGCAUUUGCCCUUAUCCCCAUUCUGAUCAACAUCAUCAGGGGCGUUGCUAUUGGCGCUGUUCAGCCCAGUGGUGUUGCCCAGGUUGUGCUCCUGGCUAUUUGCGAGGUCAUUCAGAUCCUCAUGAUCUAUGCAUUUCGGCCCUAUCAGAGAGCCACCUCGAUGAAUAUCUACCACAGCCUUUUUGCGCUCCUGCGAUUGAUCAUCAUCAUGCUCAUGGUUACUUUUGUACCCAGCUUGGGUGUAACGGAAGGGCCAAGGGGCUGGAUUGGCUACGUAAUCUUGUUCCUCCAUGCUUGCGUGCUUGCGCUUGGCUUCUUCCUCGGAGCUAUACAGACCAUCAUCGAAGUCGCCGCAAGAAUGCUCGGUGCCGGCGGAGAUGAUUUGUCUGGAUUGACUCGCGGCGGCCUCUCCAAGAUCUUUGGCAUGAGGCAGCUCUCCAGGAGAGUGAACCAUCGUCACGGACCAUCCCGAGCUAGUCAGCUGUCUACGGCGGCCAUGCUGGAUGCUGAUGACAGCGGCAAAUCUGGCUAUGCAAUGCCAAGUGGUAGAGUCCGAAGCGGCUCCGUGGCCAGCCUUAGCGGAGUCAUUACGCACCAUAGACAUCGGAGCAGCUCUGCUCUCGAUAGUAUGUACUCGGCACUGCCCCGCAACAUCGAUACUGCCAGUUCGUACGUACCAACAACGCCGGGUGAGGCCAGCACCUUUUCAUUUCUUGCAUCACCUUCUGCUGCCCGCCAGGGGCCGCCAGGCAUUGCCUUGGAAUCUACUGAUCCCUAUUACCGCCCCCCACGGAGGCGCCGUGAGAUGACUGGUGAUUCUGGACAAACCGAAGACCAGCGCGACUCGCUCAUCAUUGAACCUGUCCCUCUGCCUGGAGGAACAAUUGAACCCCCUGACGCGUCCGCGGAAAUCUUGCGAGGAGGCACUCCAGGACCUAGCAAUCUGGCUAUAAGCUUCCCGGCAAACAGACCUGACUACGCGACCCGUGAGGUUGACUUUUAUUACGGUGUCCGCGGCCCUGCGCUUAACUCUGAAGGACCAGGCAGGAAGCUUACAACUGGUCCGGCAGAUCCUACUGGGCCCGUUGCGACAGCGUCCGGAUGGGUUCGCAGGCUGAUAUUUGGCGGCAAGACCAAGGAGAAGGGCAAAGGAUUCGAGGUCGUCAGAAGUGCCAGAAUGCCGCCAAACAUGGUUCGGAAUGGAGGCUUCGGCGAUGAGACGCCGCCUGAAGGUAUUCCUGUCGCCAUGGGUGUCAUUCGAAAUGGACCCAUCGACUCCGAUGAUGAUGAUGAGCCUCGAGUUCAUCGGCCCAAGCGUCGCGAAGGCGAGCUGCUAACUGAUAAUGGUGAUCCGCAGUCAGACUCCGACGCGGACGAUGAUGAGCCAGACAGCAUCAUCACAGAUAGACUUCCUAGGGGACGAAUAUCUCAAUCAGCCACAGCUUUGCAAUCAAAAAGAGCUGAAGUUUCUGACGACGAUGGCGAUAGCAACGGUGUCAGCUCAGAAGACCUAUCUGACGUUGAGCUCGGCGUGCCUGAUAUCCCACGAAAGAGUUCCAAGAGACAGUCGGCCUUACUGGACGAAACCAUUCAGAUUACGCCUGUUGUCAUGGUAGAGUCCGAAGUCAGUCCACCUGGAAGCCGGGGAUCUGAUCGCACCCAGCAAACCGUGCCUAGUAUACACAAUGGUGGCAAUGGUGGCGUAUCGUUGCUGCCGCGUCUCCCAUUUGAGCGGAGAGGUUCCGAUCGACGGUCAGACCACCAGCGGCCAUCCUCAAAAUCGUCGCUCGACUUUCCAGAUAUGAGAAGCAUAGACUUUGCAACUCAGGAGGAUGAUCCUGCCGGCUUUGGAACUGUUUCGCAACACAGCAUUAACAGGAUCGAUCCUCGGCAUGAAGAUGAUGGGCAUCUGAGCACUGCUGCGUCUCUUGUAGAAGACGCG